AUGUUUCAAAUUGGGAGCCUCACCAUCUUCUGUGGGCUGCUGGCCCAGACCUCAGCCCAGCUUCAAGGCCUGCCCUUACCCAUAGGCCAGGGCCUGCCCUUGCCUGGGGCUCCAGCCCUGCCAUCAAAUCCCACAAACCUGGUUGCAAACUUCAAGAGUGGUCUCAGCAAUGGCUUGCUCUCCGGGGGUCUGCUGGACAUUCUGGGAAACCUCCCACUUCUAGACACCCUGAAGUCUGGAGAUGGCAAUUCUGGGGGCCUGCUGGGGGGCCUGCUUGGAAAACUGACCUCAUCCAUCCCUCUACUGAAUAGCAUCAUUGACAUUGAAAUCACGGAUCCCCAACUGCUGGAACUUGGCUAUGUGAAGAGCCCUAAAGGCCACCGUCUCUAUGUCACCAUCCCUUUGGGCUUGAGGCUCCAAGUGAAUACACUCACAGUUGGCAGUGUGUUGGAGCUGGAUGUGAAGCUGAACAUCACUGUAGAAAUCCUAGCCGUGAGAGACAAUCAGGGGAAAGUCCACCUGGUCCUUGGUGAUUGCACCCACUCACCUGGCAGCUUGCAUAUCACCCUGCAAAAUGGGGUUGCUCCCCUCCCACUUCAAGGCCUUCUGGAUGCCCUCACAGGGGUCUUGAAUGAAGUCAUUCCUGAGCUGGUGCAGGAAAAGGUGUGCCCUCUGGUCAACGAGGUUCUCAGCCACUUGGAUGUCACCCUUGUGCAUGACAUCGCUGAAGCGCUGCUUGGUCAACAAGAAUUUGUUAUCAAGGUGUAG